GAUGGCGGCGCUGGGGAGAGGCACGCGCUGGGGCGCGCGGGCGUUGCUGCCGAGCCUCCAGAGCUGGGAGCUCAGUGCGCGGCGCUGGGUCCGGGCCCUGCGGCGGAGGCCCGUGAAAGUGAUCUUUCCAGACGGACGAGUCGAGGAGCAGAAGCCCGCUCCGGGGAAGCCGCCCCGGAAGGCGGCGGCCGAGGCCAGCCCCCAGGAGCGGAGGGCGCCGCAGCCGCCGCCGAGGCCCACGGCCCAGGCUCCGCGCACCUGGGAAGAGUCGGGGCUUCGCUAUGAUAAGGCUGCCCCGGGGGACAAGCGGCUGAGCAGCGCCAUGACAAUAGUUAAAUCCCGAUCCUUUCGGGAAAAGCAAGGCAAGAUUCUGCUGGAAGGCCGCAGAUUGAUUACAGAUGCUCUCCGAGCUGAUGCUGUGCCCCAGGUUCUCUUCUUUAGUCGGCUGGAAUAUAUAAAGGAGCUGCCCCUUGACAAGCUGAAAGGUGUCAGCCUCAUUAAGGUGAAGUUCGAGGAUAUCAAGGAUUGGUCGGACCUAGUAACACCACAAGGAAUAAUGGGGGUUUUUGCCAAGCCGGACGCUACCAAGAUGAAAUUUCCAGAGACUCAGCUUCACCAAUCACUGCCUUUAUUGUUGAUCUGUGACAAUCUCCGCGACCCUGGGAACCUGGGGACAGCUCUCAGAUCUGCUGCUGGGGCCGGCUGUUGUAAGGUCUUACUCACCAAAGGCUGUGUGGAUGCCUGGGAGCCCAAAGUGCUGCGGGCAGGUAUGGGUGCGCAUUUCCAGGUACCUGUCAUCAACAACCUGGACUGGGAGUCGCUGCCCGGCUACCUGCCCCCUGACACCAGGGUCUUCGUGGCUGACAACUGUGGCCUUCAUGCCCAGGCCCAGAAGUCGGCUUCCGCCAGCGACCACGGCUGGGUGUCCAGCCACCAACUUAUGAAGCGUCACAAGUACGAGGAGGAGGAAGACGGAGAACCAGAAGCCAGUGAAGGCUGGCUCCCAGAACUCGAGGUCCAGAGUUAUGACUCGGACUGGACGGAGGCCCCCGCGGCGGUGGUGAUAGGCGGGGAGACACACGGGGUGAGCCUGGAGUCCCUGCAGCUGGCCGCGAGCACCGGGGGCAGGCGGCUGCUCAUCCCUGUCGUGCCUGGCGUGGACAGCCUCAACUCUGCCAUGGCGGCAAGCAUCUUGCUGUUUGAAGGGAGGCGGCAGUGGCGGGCCAAGGCCGCCCACUUGAGCAGGGAAAGGAGUGGACUAGGAGGGCCACCGUAGCCGGAAGUCUCCGGACCCUGCUCUGUAAGUUCUGUGGCUGGCGAGGCACGUACUGUGGCUCCCAGCCACAGCAGGUGACGAUGAACAGUGUGAUGGAUGCCCUCGGUAUUGGAGAAACCAGUUUUCAUGAAUUUCUGCUCAUCUUCAAAAAAAUAAGGAACGUUAAAAAUUCUGUUCUUUGUAAGGUCACUCAUCUCCAACUUUUUGGUGGUUCUUUUGUUUUCUUUUUGUUUGGGGGCCACACCUGGCAGUGUUCAGGGCUUAUUCCUGGCUCUGCACUCAGGGAUCACUCCGUGGAGGGGCUUUGGGGACCAUAUGGGGUGCUGGGGUUCAAGCCUGGCUGGCUGCAAGGCAAGUGCCCUGGCCUCUGUACUGUUACUCCAGCCCUCAAUAUUUUGGUUUGUUUCAGAGCCACCCCUAGCGUCCUGAGGGCCUUCCCUGGGUCUCUUGCUUAGGAGUGACCCCUGGGCGCUCAGAGACUUUAGGCUGUGCCUGGAAUCUUGACCAACGUCAGCGGAUGCAGGGCAAACGCCUUCACCCCGUAUUCUCUGGCACUCCAGCAAUUUUUACACACACAUUUGUAUACUUUCGUUGAUAACAUAAAUGACUCACAUGACCCAAGAUGAAUAGUACAUGUGUUUUAAAAGAGUCUGCUGGGGAGCAGUGUGUGUCCACCGAGUCCCCAGAGGCAUUGUCCCAGGGGGGGCGGGCCAUGUCCCGAGUGCGCCUGUGGGCCCGGCCCAGACACUCGCUGCUGCUCUCUGCUCAGUGGUAGAGGGACUGACACGUAGCCCUGCAGCUGCCAUUUGCUGGUUAGGGCUCGGCACCGGCAGUGGUCUCCAUCCCCAUUGCUUCCUUUGGUGACGCUCUCAGGGGCGGCAGUCACUUGGUCACUCAUCCCCACAUCACUGGCAUCUGAAGUAAUUCACCGAGGCCUGUUUUACACAACACAGUAACUGCCAUCUUUCUGGUGAAAUGGGUGACUUGCCUUGCAGGUGUCACCUUUUGGCACCUCUGUGGUUCCCUUUUUGAGGAUUUUCGGCUCAGAAAAGAAGGGAAUGGUAGAGCACUGCCUUGUUAGAGGCCCUGGGUUCAAUCCCUAGCGCUCCUCCUCCCCUCCACCCACCAAAAGAGUUUGUUUAACCCUGCAACUGCCAGUAAAACCUUUUUUACUAGC